GGAGGUGGCAGUAGGGUGCCUACUGAAGUGCCCAGUUGCCCGCCUUCACCGUCAACAGGAAGAUGCCGCUGUGAGUUGUAACAUGUCCUCUACUUCCGUGUUUAUGAAGCUGUCAGAGUGAGCUACCGAAGCAACAGAGGUACGUCAUCAUAAGAAAAAGAAAUGGGAUAUGAAGAUUAAGUAUCUAGAAGGUUUAGCGCGAGUGUCGGGGAGUGGAGCGGAGCGGCGCGGCCUGCAAGCCCAGGGACGCAGAAGAAGGCAGCGCGGACGGGUGAAAGAGCUCGUUGGAGGCCCGAUAAAGGAGAGAGGAUUAAAGGGACACUGAGUUUCUUCCAUAAGGUUUACCACCAUGAUACACCUGUCAGCCUCAGGACUAGUGUUACAGUAGUGCAGAGGGCUCUCGGGACCUCUUAUUGCAGUGGUAAAGCUUAAGCAUGUACUUCCAUGAAGCAGAUGUGAUGGUGCAAAAGAUGGGACACAUCAAAGAAGAGGACUCUGAGUGGGACACCAUUAGACACACACCUUCCCUUUUGCUUGUGAAGCAAGAAGACCAUGACUUGGAGAGUGUUGUGAUUAAACAGGAGCCAUUUGAGCAGGGCAUCAAAAUUAAUGUGACAAAUUUAAAUCACAAGUCCAUCAGUCUUAAAAUGCAAAAUGAUAAACCUAUUGAUAUUUGUGAGGAAGGUGGAUCAACAGAGAAUGAAUCCAAUUUUAACAUAUGUCCAGCAGUAAAGCAAGAGGUGUCUUGUCCACCUUUGAAAAAUUCUCUUCCUGUGAAGUAUAACUUGCUGGAUUCGGAGGACAACGUGAUCGAGGAGAUGUACUACAAGAAAGAUGAGCAGGAAGAACCAUCCAUCAAAAAGCAUGAAAAGUGUCUGUCGGAGAAAAGCUGCAUUCCCCCAUCUUCAUCUUCAUGUGAUGAGAUUUCAACUCACAAUGGAAGUCAAGGGGAGCAGAAUGAUGGAAAUAUGGAGAAAUCGGUAUUGGGAUUAGAAACUUUGAAACAGGAUUCUUUUCAAUGCUGUUUUCUUCCAGUUGUGAGAAUGUCAAGGGACAACUCCACUGAUCCUGAACAACCGACUCAAAAAACAGAUUGUCAACCUUUGUAUGCAUGCCAAAACUGUGGGAAAAUAUUUCAGCCUAAGUUUGAUUCUAAGCAACAGAGAGAAGAGGAACCACAUGAUAACAUGGAAUGUGGUAAAGAGUUUUCAUUCAAAUGCAGUCUUCAAAAAUAUACAGAAAUUAAGCCACUUUUGUGUAGUAAGUGUGGCAAGCAGAUCUUGGCCAACAUUCUUCUGGACAGGGAAUCAAAAACAGACAUUGUGGAGGAUGCAUACUGCUGUACAGAAUGUGGCAAACAAAAUGCAGACAACCAGCUUGAGAGACGCACAAAAACCCGUGCUGGAGAUAAGCCACAUUGUUGUACUGAAUGCGGCAAGCGAUUCUCAAGGAUUGCCCAUCUUAAUACACAUGCAAGAAUUCACACAGGAGAGAAGCCUCAUUGUUGUCCUGAGUGUGGCAAACGAUUCUCCCAAAGCAGUGUUCUUAAUAGACAUGUAAGAAUUCAUACUGGAGAGAAGCCACACUGCUGUUCCGAAUGUGGCAAGCAGUUUUCACAAGUAUGCCAUCUUCAAGCACACAUUCGAAUUCAUACUGGGGAGAAGCCUUACAGCUGUUCUGCAUGUGGCAAACAAUUUGCAGACAGAGGACAUUUUCAGAGACACACUCAGAUUCAUACUGGGGAGAAGCCAUAUAGUUGCACUGUUUGUGGGAAACGAUUCUUAAGAAUUUCUCAUCUUAAUGCACAUGCAAGAAUUCACACUGGAGUGAAGCCAUAUGUCUGCAUUGAAUGUGGCAAACGAUUCUCAACCAAAGGUCAUCUCCAGACACACACACGGAUUCACACUGGGGAGAAACCAUAUGGUUGUUCAGAAUGUGGUAAACUAUUCUCACAAGUCAGUGAUCUUAAAAGGCAUGCAAGAGUUCAUACUCGAGUUAAGCCGUACUCUUGUUCUGAAUGUGGAGAACUGUUCUCAGCCAAAGGCCACCUACAAGAACACUCAAAAUGUCAUACAGACAGCCCUGCAAAUCUGUACGCAUUUUGUGUCGAACGCAUGCAUUUAGAAGGUAAAUUGUGUGGGUAUGACUGACUAGUUAAGAAUGUGCAAAAUCAAAAACGUGAAAGUACUUACUCACUACAGGAGAUUUCUCAAACAUUUUAUUUUGGACAUGGAUGUAUACUUCACACUUCCUCUUCAUGACAUGACAAAUUUUUAUGUUAUUUAUUUUUUCUUUUUUUUUUUUGAUAUGCAGCAAAAUGUAAUCUUUCUCUCGCCUUGCUGUAAGUCUGUCUUUAUUAUUUCCACCCAACAGGAAAGAUUGUGCCUUUCACCUGAGCAAAGCAGAAACGGUUCCAAGUAUUGAGGUAUUUCCAGAUAUUAAUAUAUUAUAAAGGCAAAAUCUUGAAAAAGAACCAGCAAUAAGCAUCAUAAGAUACCCUUCAUUAAAAAAAUAGUUGUUUAUUAA